GUCAGCUUUAUUUCGCAAAUAGACGCAACGACAGGCACCACAGAGGUCAUCUGUAAGCCACGGUGUACGGAAGCAGAGCAGGUGCUUGUACGAACGAUUGGGCGAACUUGGUAGGAAAUCGUUGUGUUCCCGUCAUGCCGGUUACUGGGAACACACAGUUGUCUUCCCACGACUAUUGGCUGCAGCGUUGGACCACGAAAGACUCACCCUGGACUCGAAGCGGUAUUCACAGGCUCCUUCAAGACAACGCAGCCGCUGUCCUAGAUGGCAAGCGAGAGGGAACUGUGUUUCUUCCGAUGUGCGGAAACGCUGGUGAAAUUAAAUGGUGUGCAAAGGCACUGCGCAAGAUAUUGGGACACAUGUUCUACGACCACGGCUUUCGUGUGGUAGGCGUCGAGUUUUUGGAGACGGUGGCUCGGAGCUUUUUUGCCACCCACAACCUGCGGAUGUUUGAAGGCUGCUCGGCCGUCAAUGGCUGCAAGAUCCUUCAUACGCAAGACCUAAUGUUGAGCAUCUACAUCUGUGACCUAUACACCUUCAACAAAGAAUGCGAAGGCACCAUGGAUAUCGUGUGGGACCGUGGUGGCCUGGUGUCUAUCAAGGAGGAGGACAGAGAAAGGCUUCCCACGGAACGUGUCGCUGCCCCUGAUUCGGGAGCUCUAUGGGGACAACUACAAGAUCACAAGACUAGGCAUCACCUUUGUUGAGCGCUCUUACGUGAGAACAAAAGUGGUCAAGGAAACGCUAUGGCACCUAAAGAAACAGAGUUCUCAAGGCUCAAGCUGAAUAUUUUCCGUCCUUUAGUUCAAUCUUUAGCUAUCGCUUCCUACAUAUGUGACAUCGAUGAUAAAUCUGUCCCUGCA